AUCAGUUUGAUAAAUAAUGAAUAUCAUAUCCGUUAUUCUGUUGUUAUGGCGCAUAGUAAUACUAAGUUGUUGCCAUGGAGCUGCAACAACUAGUGCAGCAUCAGCGCCUAUAGCAAAGCCUAAUUGCACAACGCAUUGUGGAGAUGUUGCCAUCCCAUACCCUUUCGGGAUUGGACCUCACACAGAUUGUUACUUAGAUGAAUGGUUUCAAAUAGACUGCAGGCACAACAACUAUACAACCUCAACUAAUUACAGCAGGCAGGCGCCUUUCCUCACUACAAGCUCAGCUAAUUACAGCAGGCAGGCGCCUUUCCUCAAGAGCCUCAACCUGGAGCUGCUAAGUAUUUUUCCUAUUAAAGAUGGCAGGCAAUCGGUUCAGGUUAAGAACCCUAUAUUCUUCAGCUGCGAGGGAAAGGAAACUCGUCAACCCCAGAAUUUGACGGGCAGUCCUUUCCUUUACUCUCACACAGAGAACAUAUUCAUUGCAGUGAGUUGUGGCCUAUCUGCCACUAUGACCUCAGAUCGUGGGACUGUCACUGGUUGCCGGUCUAUUUGUCAAAACACUACAGGGGGCGACUUUCGCAACUGCUAUGAACGUGUGGGCGGCUGUUGCCAAGAUACUCUUGUAACAUAUGAACGCACCAGAGAUUUUACUAUUGAGAUACCAUCAAAUUCAUCAACAUCAUAUCCAACGGACGAUUGCAAGUAUGCAUUUUUGGUUGAGACAAAUUGGUUUGAUAGCUUAUUGAAUUUUCGAGAAGUGAAGGAUAUGGACAGCGUUCCUGUGGUGCUAGACUGGAUCUUAGAAGUACAUGACUAUGGUGAAAGAUUCAGAGGAAAAACAGACCAGAGUGGUAACCACUCAACACCCUUUUGCAACAGCUAUGAUGAUUGGAACACGAUAACUUGUGUCUGUCGGCCAGGCAUGGAAGGAAAUCCUUAUCUUCUCCAACCUUGUCAAGAUAUCGAUGAAUGCAAAGGCAGUAAUGGGUGUAACGGCGAUGUAUGUGAGAACUUUGUUGGGGGUUAUAGAUGCUACUCAAAUAUAACUGGCGAUAAAUGUUUGUCUUUUGAUUCUGACUAUGGUGACGAUAAUGUUACCACAACAUGCCACUCCAGAACCACAUCGGGUCAUCGGGCCUCUGAAAUCAAAACUAUUAUUUUAGGUCUUGGCUCCGGUGUUGGGCUAUUGUUACUACUCAUUGGUGCACGGUGGGUACACAAAAUCGUGAAGAAAAAGAAAACCAUUAGACGCAAGAAAAUGUUUUUCAAACGAAAUGGUGGUUUAUUGUUAGAGCAACAAUUAUCGUCAGGCAAAGUUAAUGCUGACAAAAUCAAGUUAUUCAAUUCAAAAGAAUUAGAAAAGUCCACCAACAAUUUUAGUAUUGAUAGAAUUCUUGGUCAGGGAGGUCAAGGUACCGUUUACAAAGGCAUGUUGGCGGAUGGAAGAAUUGUUGCGGUAAAGAAGUCCAAAAUGGUGGACAAAAGCAUGCUCUCGGAAUUCAUCAAUGAGGUUGUAAUUCUUUCACAAAUCAACCACAGAAACGUGGUUCAAAUUAUGGGUUGUUGUUUAGAGACCGAAGUUCCACUUUUGGUCUACGAAUUCAUUCAGAAUGGAACUCUUUCUCAAUAUAUCCAAGAGCAGAUUGAGGAAUUCCCACUCACAUGGGACAUGCGGUUGCAAAUUGCCACAGAAAUUGCGGGUGCUCUUUCGUACUUACACAGUGCAGCUUCCUUUCCCAUUUAUCACAGAGACAUCAAGUCUGCCAACAUACUUUUGGAUGAAAAAUACAGAGCAAAACUUGCUGAUUUUGGAACUUCAAGAUCAAUUUCCAUUGACCAAACUCAUCUAACCACAUGUGUACAUGGAACAUUUGGUUACUUGGAUCCAGAGUAUUUUCAAUCAAGCCAAUUUACGGAGAAAAGUGACGUCUAUAGCUUUGGAGUGGUCCUUGUUGAGCUCUUGACAGGGCAAAAACCAAUUUCUGCAGUAACAUUGUCACAAGAAGAAGAAUACAGAAGUCUUGCCGCAUAUUUCCUUACCUCGAUGCAAGAAUAUCGUCUGUUUAACAUUGUUGAUGCUCGAGUUCUGAAGGAGGGCUUUGAAACAGAAAUCCAGGUUGUUGCUAACCUUGCAAGGAGAUGCUUGAAUUUGAACGGAAGAAACCGUCCUGCAAUGAGAGAGGUUACAUCGGAGCUAGAGGCUGUACAAAUGUCAAGAAAACCUUCCAUUAGUACUGAGCAAAAUUCUGAAGGGGUUGAUUUUGUGGAAGAUGAUGCAGUUGGGCAUUGGGAUGUUGAAUCACUUUCAGAUGUGUCGGCUAGCUACUAAUAAAAACAUGGGUUUAUGCCAUUGUUGCCAUCUACAAGUUAUAGUGAAUUCCUUUUAAUUCAAUAAACUUUGUUUCAUUUAAUGUUGUUGAACACAUAUGUUAUGUUUUUCUUAUGAUCUCGUUACAUCAACACAUGUACUUGGGAAAAAAAAAAAGAAGCAGCUUAAUUUCAUGUAUAAACCAAAUUCCCAGCUAUUUCCUAAUUUAAAGUUGAAGCCCAAAAAUAAAACUCAACUCCCUCCAAUCCACUAAUCCAACAUU